UGGCCAGUCUGCCAACCAUUGUUGACAACUUUGGUAACGUGUCGGUGUCGGUCGGACAUGUUUAGGUGUUGAAAAUUGCGGACAAUGCGGACUAGUGCGAAUCCCUGAUGUUUAUUUAUUACACAAUGGUGAAUACACCAUGCCUUAUAUGUAGAAAAUAUCAAAAAGAUCAUACGCAUUUGAGUUUUCACAACUUCCCAAAAUGCGAAAAGCUGAAAAAAGUUUGGCUAGAACGUUUGAAUCUGAUCAACUUCGAGCCGAAACAAAACGAUUUGAUCUGUUCGGAUCACUUCAAAAAAUCGUGUAUCAUUCCCGGCAAGAGAAGACGUUUGAUAUCCGGCAGUAUUCCUUACAUAAAUAAAGAAGAAAUUGAAGAAGAAAUUGAAUUCGCCGUCAGUAAUAACGCAACUAAGCCAGCUGGGAAUUGCGUUGACGAUGACGUAUCCGAACCGGCUGUUAAUAACGACGCAACAGCAGCUAUUCUCAUCAAUAACGACACGAUGAAAUCGCUAGUGAUUUAUCGCACGAACAAUUUACCACCGAUUGUGACAGAACGUUUUAAUAUACACAAAAUGGUGGCGGCAACCACAAAUGAAUGUCAUAGCAAAAGUUCUCCAACCAACAGGGAGGUUGUUGUAGCGAAUGUAGAGCGAGACCAUACCUACUGCGUUCCUCUGAUUGUCGAUCACAAGAGGGAGUUGGAAAGAACGAAGGAGAUCGUCAAAGAGCUGAAGUCGUCAAACGCACUGUUGAAACGCAAAUUGAGACGAGCGAAACAAACAAUUCAUACACUACUUGACAUGAUUCCUAAAACCUCCUUCGCUGAGAGAAAAGAGACGAGCAAAGUGUUUUGUGAAUUGUAAAA